AUGGUCUGUCUCAAUGAGCCGAAAUGCUUUCAGAUGGAACGAAUAUGUUCAGAGAACAAUGUGUUGCUGUGAGAAUAGUUGCUGCCAGAAGACUUCCAGAUCCACUACUCAUACUCGUUCGGCUAGUGCGUCUUCGAGAAGAUCCUCGCCGUUUCGCAGUAGAUCCACGUCGAGAAAAUCAAGAAAAUCGAUAAUCCGAAGUGCUUCAGCAUCUGAUGUUCUCAGUUCUCUCAGGUUCGGAAGCUUCUUCCAUCCCAUACGAAGGCACUGAUUCCAGAAGUCUGUCGACGAGUGACACAGCGUCUGUUGGGAGUCUCAGGAAAUGGAAGGUUGUGGCAUUGCCGAAGAAGGACACUGAAGUCGUGGUAGCUCGGUAAAACUUGCUCUUCGUGUAUCGCAGACUCAUUUACAUUCCAGUUCCCCGUUUUACAUGGGUGUUGUGACGAGAAAGAGUGCGGAGAGACGGAUGGGUCUUAUGAAGUUCGCCGUGUACCACCAGCUUCCGUAUGCUCCGUUGCUCGAGAAUAUGAGGGAGGAGGUCACUCUGACCGGUGUCUACAAAACUUCCAACGGAAUUUUCACGUAUGAUUCCCAUCUGGAUCCAAUUCCCAUUCAUUCUUUUUCAGCCAUUUUGCCGUCAACGAGCACAUAGCCGACCACGGAAACCCCGAAUUUUAUCUGGAAACGGGCGCUUCUAGACGUCCAAAGAUGUUCUGUUCGAUCGAAGAGCUCAUGGAUCAUUACUGCAGAAAAUGA